CGGAUGUUUUUCCUUUGACAGACAAAUUUGCUUCAGUGAUAAAGUCCAGCCUGAUUAAAUCAUUGGUCUUUUGGUGGACGGCUGGCAACCUAAUGCAAGAAUCACUUACUUAGGCCAGAAAACAGAAAUUUGCCGUCUUGUGCCCAGUGUGAAAAUCUUAGCCCAGAAAUCAGGAUUGCAUCAACCGCGGGGACUGAAUAGCGGGGCUGUCAUAAUUAGCUAACCAGGCUGAUGGAUGAAAUGAUUGAAAAUGUAGCCCAACGAAUCAAUAGGUUUUCCUUAAAAAUUAACUUUUAAUGUGUUUCAGGAAAAGAAAUAAAUAAAUCUUGAUGCCAACUUAAAGACCUUCUUCCCUCACCAGAAGUGUUGCGGGGGCUCUUGAAGAAGUGAAUGCCAUGCUCAGGUGCAUAACCUUCUAACAUGGAAGAAGGAGGUGGAAAAGAAGUAAUUGACUUGAAUAGUUUCCGGAGUCAUCGAGGGAAAGAUAGAAUUAACCAGCGAGACGAGGGACUUAUCACUAUAUCAGACUCCUCGGAUGAAGAGCUGCCUGUGAUGUUGGACACGCCUGUUCGCCGGCAGUGGGAAGAUGAGGAAGAUGAUGAUGAUGUCAUCUUGAUGGAGACAGCAACGAAGAAGUUUCUGCGGCCCAACGUGAUCAAGCCAGCCGCUCCCUGGCAGGGCGUUAACACCUCAGGGGAAGGAGGAUCCAACAGCGACGUGGUGGCCCUGUCUCACGAAGACCAGAAGACUAAGACCCCGUUUUCUCCAAGGCUGCCUGGGGCCCGCCGGAACUGCCUGAAGGCGGGGAGCACGGGACUGAGCAGACACAAAAGCGAGAAUGAGGUCUUGGAGUUACCGGAUUCUCCGGAGCCUGUUGAACCGAGGGAGAUCGGUGGGACUGUGCCAGAGGCCGGGCCCAGUGUGGUUCAGAAGAGAGAGGCCACGAAGGAGGUCAUUAAUUUGGAGGAAGUGGUCUUAGUGACCGAUCAGGAAGACCCAGAUGAGAGAGAUCGGACGCUUCAGCCACGGCUAGCCCCCAACCUUGGAGGGAUUUUCCAUUGCAUCGAGGAGAAUACGCGGCUGGAUCAUCCGUACUUCCAGCCUGUGGAGAAGGAGGCCCGGACUGUGGUCAAUCUCCUUUCUUCUCGGCCAGCACAGUUGGAAAUAGAACUGGGGCCACUGCCAAGGGUAUACCAAGGGGAGAUCCCGGGGCCAGCUUUUCCCAGGCCUGAGCCUCAGCAAGAUGGCAUUCCAGGCCCUGCUUCCCCCCAACUAGCUCACCCCCCAGAGGAAAAUGAAGGCCAGCAGGCUGCAAUAAAUGAGCAGGCAGGCCCGGCGUUUCCAGUCCAAGGGUCCCUGGAUACCAGCUCCGGUGAGCUUCCCAAGCAGAGCGCUACUCUGCCGGACAAAGACCUCAUUGCGCUGCUCAUCCGAGAAACGGAAGCCAGGUUUCCAGAUGCAACAAGAGAGUACAUUGAGGAACUAAUACAGAGCAAAAAUUGCUGUGACUUGAACGUACUUUGUAAUUUUCUUCUGGAAAAUCCAGAUUACCCAAAGAAGGAACACAGUAUGGUUUUAAAUCCAAAUAGCAGCCUGCUUUCCAGCCAAGAUGAGACAAAGGUGCCUAAAGUGGACUAUUUUGACUUCUCCCAACUUGAUCCGCUUGAUCAACGUUGCUUCAUUCAGGCCGCUGACCUUCUCAUGGCAGACUUCAAAAUGCUGAGCAGCCAAGACAUCAAGUGGGCGCUCCAUGAACUCAGGGGACACUAUGCAAUCACACGAAAGGCCUUUUCUGAUGCCAUUAAAAAAUGGCAAGAGUUAUCUCCUGAAACCAGCGGCAAGCGAAAAAGGAGGAAAGAAAUGAAUCAGUAUUCUUACAUAGACUUCAAAUUUGAGCAAGGCGACAUGAAGAUUGAGAAGCGCAUGUUCUUCUUGGAGAACAAGAGGCGCCACUGGAGGAGUUACGACCAGCUCUCUCUCCUGCCCCCGGUACAGCUGGAGCGGGAGUUUUAUGAACAGAAGAUCAAAGAAAUGGCAGAGCAUGCAGAUUUCCUUCUUGCCCUGCAGAUGAAUGAAGAGCAGUAUCAGAAAGACGGCCAGUUGAUCGAGUGCCGCUGCUGCUACGGGGAAUUUGCGUUUGAAGAGUUGACGCAGUGUGCUGAUGGACACUUGUUCUGCAAGGAGUGCUUAAUAAAAUAUGCUCAGGAGGCAGUCUUUGGCUCUGGGAAGUCAGAGCUCAGCUGCAUGGAAGGAAGCUGCACGUGUUCAUUCCCCACCAGUGAACUGGAGAAAGUGCUUCCUGAAAACAUCCUCUGUAAAUACUACGAGAGAAAAGCCGAGGAGGAGGUGGCGGCUGCCUGCGCAGAUGAGCUCGUCAGAUGUCCCUUUUGUAACUUCCCGGCUCUCCUGGACAAGGAUGUGAAGCGGUUCAGUUGUCCUAACCCUUGUUGCAGGAAGGAAACCUGCAGAAAAUGCCAAGGCCUAUGGAAGGAGCACAUGAACCUCAGCUGCGAACAGCUGGCUGAGAAGGACGACAUCAAAUACAGAACAUCUAUAGAAGAGAAGAUGACAGCAGCCCGCAUUAGGAAGUGCCACAAAUGCGCUACUGGCUUGAUCAAAUCGGAAGGCUGCAACCGCAUGUCCUGUCGCUGCGGGGCCCAGAUGUGCUACCUCUGCCGAGCUGCCAUUAAUGGGUAUGACCACUUCUGCCAGCAUCCUCGUUCCCCGGGAGCCCCUUGCCAAGACUGUGCGAAGUGUUCCCUUUGGACAGACCCCACGGAGGACGAUGAGAAGAUAAUCCAGGAAAUUCAGAAGGAAGCUGAAGAAGAACAAAAGAGGAAGAAUGGAGAAAACAGUUUUAAGCGGAUCGGGCCCCCUGCAGAAAAGCCUGCAGAGAAGAUCCCACGGAUUGAAGCCAUCCCCAGGCCGGUUCCCCAGAAUCUCCACCACCACCAAAUGCCCCCGUAUCCAUUCGUCCACCCCCCUUUCCCCCUCCCCCCGGUGCGCCCCCUGUACAACAACCUCGGCCCCAUUAAUCUCGGCCCCAUCCCAGCCCCUUAUGUGCCCCCGCUCCCCAAUAUGAGGGUGAACUACGACUUUCCCCAAAUGAACCUGCAGUUGGAGCACAAUCUUCCUAUGCACUUUGGUCCUCAGCCUCGACAUCGGUUCUGACCCAGUUCAGGGAGGCGCCGUUCCUUCUGGAAGUUGCUGCAGGGAAAGUCCGCACACUGGUAGAUGGUCCCCUCUUCUCCCUUCCUGUUAAACUCCAGGUGCAGAGUCCACCUUCACUCCUUCCCCCGGUUGUGUCGUUCCCCGGUUCAGACUUCCGGGUUCACCCUCUGCUAGAUGCAGAGGUGCCCUCGUUGCAAAAAAAAGGUUUGUCCUGGCACUGUUGUUCUGCAGGCACUGUUGGUUUAGGAGAGGAUUUCUGAAUGAGGUGAGUUGGAGGGACAGCACUGCAAAAAUGCGUUCUGGUCAGCGGGACAGCCUGAACUGGAAGCCGUGUGGCUCCCCUCCAUGGCAGCAGAACCACCGGCAUCUCAACCAAGCAGAGGUUGACGCUGGCGGAGGAACCCUCUGGAAUAUUUGAAACGCUCAGGUGGCCACCCAGACUUUCAGAAAGCGAGGUGCGGGGGGCUUCUUAGCUUGUUGCUCCACUGCUUCCCUCUUCUGCUAGAAAGCGCCCUUUUUAAUGGGUCGGGAUUUCCCAAAGCAAGCUUGGACAGACCCAGCUCACCCACUCCGAAACCUGACGGGCCUUGGUUACAGCUCAGGGCACGCUUAGAAAGCACAGACCGGAUAGGUCUUGAAAUGAAAUCAGUGGCCCAGCCAUUGCCAUGGCUGGUGGCUGGUGUUCUGUCCUUGUGUCUGGAGUUGGGCCCCUGAUUUGGCUAGUUACUCUUAAGCAUUGUGGACCCCCCUGGAGCUGCUCUCGGUUGAGAGCAUUGUGCAUGGAAACCUUGGGAUGGAACGAUAGCCCCCGCUGGAGGAGUUGAUGACAAACAGGCUGGUCUACAAAGAGGUCAAAUGAUUAGGGUUCUGUGGAAAGACGACAGGCGUGCAAUUGUGCCUCCUCCGCUUUCUCUGGUGUUGGGGUGAAUGCUCAGGUUGCUACCGUGGCAUGCAAUAUGUUGGGAGUGUAGUCCGUGUGGCUGGGAGAACUGUCCCUGUGCACCUUGAGGGACAUGCUUUGGACACCUGUGGAGGCAUAUGGCCGUAAGCUCCUUUAUGCAUCCUUCAUGCAGAGCUGCUCUCUUGAAGCCCCAGGGGUAGACAUGCAACCAAGCUGCUGGCUCUCUCUCUGCUGUCUGUUGUCCCAUCGUUGAGAUUUUCAGCAGAAGUGAUGGCUUUAGAUCAACGCAGCUCGUUGUAUGGAUGGGUGGGGUCAGUUCUCCAAAUGCUCCUGUUUCCCCAGGAGUCCCCUCCCAUCAUUUGUACACCGGUGUGGUUCCUCUCCAUCCUCUGUGGCUGCACACCUUCCCUGUGAAGAGGUGUGGCCCCAGAAGCAUGUCAAAAAGCUGCUGCGUGAUCAGCCAGCCCACAGGAGCUUCAAGGACAAGGAAUUGAGCCCCACAGCUGGUUCUCAUGAUUUCUGCUCUCUGUGUCACUGUUUCUCAACCUCAGCAAUUUUGGGAGUUGAAGUCCACACAUCUCAAAAUUGCUGAGGCUGAGAAACACUGCUCUGUAUGAAUCAGCUUAGCGUCAGUCAGGAAGGGACACUGAUGGUGUCCUUAGAUACAGCCCUUCCCAAACCAGCAACCUUCAGAUCAGACUGAAGACUUUCCUCCCAGAUACGUUUACCAGCAAGGGUCUCUUUGGGUCAGACUUCUGGGAGCUGCGACCCUCGUGUGUCUGGAAGAUGCCAGAUUGGGGAAGGAUGGGGCAGAAAAUGGUUUUUUCCGACUCCUUUUCUUCUCUUCAACAUAAAUCCACCGAGGGAAUCUCCCCAUGGUUUCCUUCUGGGCAUUGGCUCGGUUCAAGCAAUAUAGAACAAAUGAUGUUUUUGAAUCUGGACUAGCUCUGAGGUCGUCUCCCAACCCCCUCCCCCCAAAAUCCCAUUUCCUCUGUAAGAAAAACUAUAUAUUCCUGGAAAGACAGGAUCCUUUGACUCUGGCCAUAGCAGAGAGGACGGAGGCACGUGAACAUGGUGACUUUUCCCUCCACUCGAACUGUAAGUGUGAAAAAGAAUCAGGGAAUUGCCAGAUGGCGAAGCCAUUGCUGCUUUUCAACAGUGACUCUCCUGAUUCUAGGUACCUGUGUCCCUUACGUGAUCUUAUCAAAGCAGCGUUUAUUUUCCCACCUGGAAAUCAAGCAGUUCAAAUCCUCCUCUCUCCCCUGUCCCUUUGACCUCGAUAAUACAACCCAAAAUCUUUACAGAUAGGUUUUCUUUCAAAUCCCUGGUUUCUGAAAUAACCCCGAGAUGCUUAGAAUAGCUGCUCAUCCCCAGGGGUUCUGGGGACCCACGUCCUUCCUGAUCAGUAAACGUUGAUCAGGCUAGUCAGCAGCAGAACGUUCCCACGGUGAAUUGUGGAGCCUUUUCCUUGGUGAGAAAAUGGGAUGCCUUCAACUGUGAAGACGUGGGUAAAGGUUGGGUUUAGUUGGGAAUUUAAUCUGAUAGGAGCCAUAUUCCCCACGUCCUUUCAGCCAUCCUGGUUUUCUGCCAGCUUCAAUUCCGUUGCGUUGCCAUUCCGGUACCAUCUUAGCUACGUAGGUUAAAAAUAAUGUUGUUAGCUUCCUGUUUCUUUGCCACAGUUUGGCCGUGAAAACAAAACCAACCCGAUCCAUUAAGACCAGGCUGAUCCAAUGCUGCUCUGUUGAUUUUAUUCAGGUUUUAAAAUCGGCACCUUAACCUUAAGGGAUCAGCUUCCUUGAAGUAGCAAUUGUCAUGGGCUUGUCUCAUUCAUAUAUAUAUAUAUAUUCUAAUCCAUGCAGACCCAUCUUGGAUUUGAAGCAGU